AUGUUUUUCUUGAUGGCUAAUUUCCUUGCUGUAAAUUUAGACGUGCAAAAUCUAGUGUGGCAUUACAAUGAAACUGGACGCGGCAAAGGAUCACCUGAUAGAAUUGGCGCAACCAUAAAACGGACAGCAGAUCAAUCGGUAGCCAAAGGUUAUGACGUGGCUAAUUUUCAACAAUUGGUUCAAUGUUUGAUAAAAAACUGCAAGGGUGUACAAAUUUUACCUGUAGAUGAUGACAAUGUUGCGACCAUUGAACAUUUGCUGUCAAGAAGUUUGACGCAAACGUUUAAAGGUACAUUCACCAUACACCAAGUAGCUUGGAACAAAAAUAGCCCGGGUCUUCUUAAUGCUCGAAAAUUAAGUUGCACUGAAUGUCAUCCACAUCAAAUCUGUCCACAUUAUGAAAUAGGUAUAAUCAAUACAGAAGCCAUUUGUGACAGCUUCGAUGAAGGUGAAGUUCUUCCUUCCUCGUCACAUAGUGAUCAUACAUUAGAUACUUCAGACAAAAAAACAUAUAAGAAAGCUCGCGCAUCAGAAAGCAGUUCUCCUCCUUGUACCGAAUCUUUAAUACGAUUUGAUAAUUCUCACUCAGUUCGACGUAUUCUACAGGAACCCAAUCCUUUCCUAAUGGCUAGCUCGUCUAUUCUUAAAGAAAGAAAAUGCUCGACACUUUUUGAUGAUUCUGAGUGUAAUGAUUCACGUUUUUUUGAACAGCCUGGAUCUUCUCACAGAAAUACUCUCAGAGAAAAAAAAUAUAUAGAUCGAAUAUUUACUUCUGAAUUUGAAUCGGAAGUACGAAAGCCAAGAAAGUGUCUCAUGUUACAAUCAUCGAGCUCUUCAGAAGAAAACAUUUUU